UGAAGCGGUUGCUAGGAGACGUGUCCUGUCGGCUCGUGCCCUAUCUGGAGGUGAGGAGGAGGAGUUGUGUGCGCGUGACGGGCAGGUGUUCACUUUGCCUUAGUAGCGCAGGUGACCUCUCUGGGUGUGGCCACAUUCAGCCUCUGUGCUCUGAGUAUUGAUCGCUUCCAUGCGGCCACCGGCCCCGGGCCCCUUCAGACGCCAAAGGUGGAGCCCUGCCAGUCGAUCCUAUCCAAGCUGUCCGUCAUCUGGGUGGGCUCCAUGGUGCUGGCCGCCCCUGAGCUGCUGCUGUGGCAGCUCCUCCAGGAAACUGUCAGCCUGCCAACGCUCACCACUGACCCGCAGCAGAGCCAGUCAGGAGGCUCACUGAUGGCUGCAUUCAGGGCCCGAACAGGCGCGUUUAAGGUGGAUAUCUGUGUCCGUGAGCCGUCUGUGGAGCUCCCAGAGAACAUCUACUCUCUGGUGCUGACCUACCAUGAGGCUCGCAUGUGGUGGUUCUUUGGAUGCUACAUCUGUUUGCCGCUGCUCUUCACUCUGGCCUGCGACUUGGUGACGAGGCAAGUGUUAGCCCAGCGUCUUCCACAGAAACCCAGUGGUGACAAGGUGACCGCCAGAUGCUCGUCCUCCUCUUCGUCUUCUUCCUCGACAAAGAAAAAGCGGCAUGUGAGAGAGCAGAGGCUGCGUUCCACUGUGAUGGCACUCACCAUCUUGUACAUCACAUGCAAUCUGCCGGAGAGCAUUUGUAACAUCACCCUGGCGUACGUCUCCGUCCAUGUGUCCGCUGCGCUCCCGGCUCUGGCUCUGCCAGCACUGAGUCUGAUUGGACAGUUCCUGCUGUUUGUGCGUUGCUCGGCGACACCGGUAUUGCUUCUAUUCCUGUGUCGCUCGCUGGGCCAGGCCUUCAUGGACUGCUGCUGCUGCUGCUGUGAAGAGUGCCUUCCCGACGGCAACUCCUCUUCAUCGUCAUCUGCUUCAACCACCGCCACCUCCAACCUCUCCUCGCCCACAUCGCCCUCCCCAUCCUCCCUGUCUCCUUCCAGCAAAGAGGAGACGAAGAGCAUGUUAGCGACAGAACCAGCAGUCUUCUAUGACACAGCGAAAGACUCUUCAACAGCUAUCGGGACGCCCUGCUGAGGCCCAGCACUGCAUUUAGCUGCAUGUAACUUUAAAGGAUCAUUUCGGUUUAUUACAACUUGGGUCUUAUUUUCUUAGUUUUGUCCAUCAUUUGUGUAAGUUAUAAUAAUAUUGUACUCACCAUGUUAAAAGCAGAUAUCUCAUAUGAUCGGAUGAUCAGACAAGUUGGAAACAAACCGACAGUUUAUCCGGAUCACACUAUAUGGCCAAAACAAUGUGGACACCCCUGUCUCAGUCUGUUUUUCCUGGUUUGGUCUCUUAGUUCCUAUGAAGGGAAAGCUUUAUGCUACUUGUGAUGUUUUAGACAAUAGUGUGCUUCCAACUUUGUGGCAACAGUUUGUUCCUUUCCUGUUUCUACAUGACAAUGUCCCCAUGCACAAAGCCAGCUCCAUAAAGAAGUGGUUUUCCCAGUUUGGUGUGGAAGAACUUGACUGGCCUGCACAGAGGCCUGACUUCACCCCAAUCCAACACUUUUGGGAUGAACUGGAACACCGACUGCAAACCAGACCUUAUCACCCACCAUCAGUGUUUGACCUCGCUGAUGCUCUUGUGGCUGAAUGGGAGCAAAUUCCUGCAGCCAGGUUCCAACAUCUGGUGGAAAGUCUGAAACUAGAAGAGUGGAGGCUGUUAGAGCAGCAGAUGUGGUAAUACAUGAUAUGGGGGUAAUGUUCAGAUGUCCACAUACUGUGUUGGGUUGUUCACAUACUCUUGGUCAUGUAGUGUAUCUAAUCCACUUUAUUUGGCAGUAUAGCUAGUUUUAUUGAAGGUAAAACUACAACUACAGUAAGUACAGUAGGUCAAAGUUGAAGCAGGAAGUGGGUCUGUAAUGGAUGUUGACAUCGUUGACUUAGUUUUCUCUUCCACAUUAAGUUCAUCUAACCUACAGAUUUGUUUCCAACCUGUCUGAUCGUCUGACUGUUUGUGUUCCUUGACCUGUCAAACUGUGAAAACACUGUUUUCUUAGAUCUCAGCUAUUAACUUGGUGAGUACAAUAUUAUUAUAACUGAUAGAAAUGAUGGAAACAGCAACAAAAAGUACCAAAAUAAUAGUUGUCAUAAAUUGGAAUAAUCCUUUAAUCUCAGUCUGAAUGAACUGAUGGUGUGGAGCCACUGUAGGAGCAGAAGCAAGCGUUAGAUGAUUAUAUACAAUAUAGAGUAUGUUUUUAAAAAAAAAAAAAGGAGUUUAGUGUUGUCCACCUGUGAUGGAUUUAAUCCUGUUAUUGUAGGACCCAUUGUUUUGCAGUUUUUUACGAUACAUUUUACAUGUUAUAGUUAUUAAUCAUUUUCUAAUGCUCAUUCAGGAUAUUAGUAUCAUCUGCUCUAAGUACUGUAUUAUAGAGACAAACUGGGUAAUUUGAGUUUGGGGGAUUUUAAAAUUGCUAAACUGAAAAUGUAGAUGUACUGAGACUUUUGUCAGCAGACUGACAGACUGCUGUGAACUUUGUGAGCUGUUUUUUUUUUUUUUUUUAAAAAACAUGAUUUUGCUGUUGCUGCUCAUAUGCCCGACUUACACUGUGUCUACACAGGAUGUGUUGUGUAAGUAGUACGUUGCAGCUACGCGCGUGUGAAACGCAUGCUGUGUAGACAGCAGGUUAAAAAGGGAUGAGAUCAUAUUAGUCAAGAUCAAUCAAAAAAUUUGAAGCUACAUGAAACAAUUCAGUGUGAAGUUUGAGAUUUUUUUACUUGUCUUUUGGUUUAGUAAAGUUUAGAUUUUCUUCAAGAAAAAACUUGUGAGUAAUUCCCUCUCAGUGUGUUUUUUGUAAUGUCUGGUAUACACUUUAUUAACUGAUACAAACAGUAGAGCUGUUGAUGAAUGCUCUAUCUGUGUUUACAGAGCCUUUUAUUCCACUGCUAAUUGGAAUAGAAAUGAGUUACACCUUUCACAGUCCGUUCAGCAGAUGAAACUCUGGAAGUGCUCUUUUUACUUAUUUUAAAUAUGAAGUUUUUAUGAGUUGGUUAUGAUUUUUUAAAUAAAAACUACAGAAUUUUUCUUUCAGCAGCAUAAUCACAUCUUAAAAGACAAGUCUGGUGAUAUUUUUCUUAUUGUCAACAAAUCCCAUGGAAAGAUCAAACCAACAAUGAACUUAUCCCACUAACAAGUAUUAUCUGUGUAUCGAAAACCUGAUAUAUCUUAUUCAUCUGUGCCAUAGAGCUCCUUUGUUGUCCAAAAACUAUUGUGCUGUAAAUACUCACUAGAGCACCAAAUGUGUAUUAAUCCACAGAUGAAAAUAGUCCCUGACAAAUGUGUUAUUUACUUCUGAUGAGUAACUUUUGAUUAAAAACUACAGUGAUCAGCUGUUUUAGGAAAUUACUGAGUCUUUGUUAGUCAUUUUUAAAGAUUUAAGUCUUCAGUAGGAAACAAUCGGCUUGGGGCUGAGUGCCAAUGACAGGGUAGGGACGUCUGAAAAUAUAGAGAGACGGAAUAACACAUUGUUGGUUUUGGUCUGCACAUGGCAUUUGUUGACAAUAAGAAAAAUAUAAAAUAACUUCAGCCAUGUCCUGUAAGUUGGCUCCCAUGAAAAAGCUAGAAUUUCCUCCAAGUGUGUCACCUGUUAAAUGGGAAUUUUCUUAUAGUAGUAAGUAUUAGAUUUAAAUCUGCAGACAUCCAGGUCCAGUUAAGAGUUAAAUCAAAUGGUAAGCUGCCAAGCAUGAGUACAAAUAAAGUCAGAGAGAAAAGACAGAUAGAAAACAGAAAAAGAGGAAAAACAAUAGAAGAAACAAAAAAAAUGGGGGGAGGAGAAAUUUUGUUGUUUUCCAAACAAAGAAGGAAAAACAGGCCAAAGACUGAAAAGGAAGAGUUUUCUGGUGGAGAGUUGCAUUUGUUCCAAAAGCAUCUGAACACUUUUGGAGAAUCUUUAUGUAGAUUCAUUUUAUUUGGAAAAAGAGAGAUGGCUCAUGUUAUACUCUGAUCUCCAUUGGAAGGAAUGCUGCGCAGCAAUGCUCUCAACACCCACUGAAGCAGAAAGCUGUUCAUGCCUGACUGUGACGCUCCUUUUUGUCAUUAUUCAAUUAUUGAAGGUCACAGCUUCACAAUAACAGUUGGCCUUUGAGUUUCUGAAGACAUAAUACACAUAGUCGCUCUGUGACUGCUGCUUUGCUGGAGCGAGCAGACUGGAAAUUCAUUGCUUAACCAAGUAUUUUCAGGCGUUUCACAGCUUUUUAAAAUAUUUUUAAUAUAUUGAUGUAAAAAAAAACAAGUCAUCCAUCUUUUCCAAAAAUGUCACAACUUUGUGAAUACCUUCUAAUGUUGGCAGAAAGUCAUCUUUAGAAAUGAAAAACCUAAUACACAGGUACGUAAAGAAAAUACAACACAUUUCAAACAAGUUGUCCUCUACGGAACCCCAGAAGUCUCAAAAGAUAAGAUUUUUUAUAAUAAUAUUAUGAUAUCUGGGCACAAGAUUCAUAUCUUGAUAGAGAUGAGAUUCUGUCUUGUCUGUGCAAGAUAAUAUAUGGAUCAAGAUAUGGAUCUUGUGCCCACAAUAACUUAGAAGAAAGUAGACAUUGUGUUUUUAACUGCUGCUAAAAGUCUGCAGUCCCUCUUUCUUUCAGACUAACCGGUAAACAACAGGUGUAACAGGUCCUGUUGCUGAAUUCAUAAAAACGCAAAUCUCUAAUUCAUUAUUUAAUUGGACCCUUUUCAUGAACACGGAAAACACAACACCACCUGAAGGCACCUGGGCAUGGCUGGUUGCAGUAAUCAGUCCAAUUAUUAAUCAAUCACACUUUAUUUAUAUAGCACCUUUCAGACAAAUUAAAUACAAUUCAAAGUGCUUUACAAGGGAAUGACUGCAUUUAGGGUAUGAAAAAUGGAUUUAGAGACUAAUGCACACUAAAACAAUCAAAAACUAAAAGUUAAAUGAAUAAGACAACAAUAAAAGAUGUAUAGUUAGGAUAAUAAAAAAAUCAAUAAUUAAAGUAAAAUAUUAAAAAAAUAAAUAGAUAAUAAUGAUAAAAUACAUAUAAAUAAUAAAACCAUGAAAUUAUUAAAAAAAUACUACAUAAAAGCCUGACUAAAUAGAUGGGUUUUUAGUUUACGUUUAAAAAUAUCAGUGUUUUCAGCUGCUCUCAGAUCCUCUGGAAGGCUGUUCCAGCGGCUCAGAGCGUCGUGGCUGAACGCAGCAUCUCCAAAUGUUUCUGUUCUGCUUUUUGGAUCCGCUAAAAGAGAAGAACCGGAGGAUCUGAAAGGCCUUCCUGGUUCAUAAACUAAAAACAUUUCUGAGAGGUAGUCUGAUGCAAGGCCAUGUAGUGCCUUAUAAACAAAUAAAAUAAUUUUAAAAUCAAUACGAAAACAGGUAACCAGUGUAAAGACUAAAAUAGGUGUAAUGUGUGCUCUCCUCUUGGUUUUAGUCAGCUCUCGUGCAGCUGCAUUUUGAACUAAUUGUAGCAGAUUUUUUGUGUUCUUUGGUAGACCAGAAAGGAGAGCAUUACUGUAGUUUUAGCCUGCUAGUUAUAAAAGCGUGCAUCAGUCUCUCUGUGUUGCUCAGAGAGAGAAAUUAAGCAAUUAAGUUCACUUGGUCUGAUUCUGGUUGCAGGCCCACAGCUGGUGCUAACAGGAGCUGACUCUCAGCCCAAAUCUACCUAAGCCCACACCCCUAAACCUGAGCCAAAUCUGGCAGCUAUGGUUGGGCCAGAGCCGGCUCAUGUUUUUUUAUUUUUGUGUAAUUUUUGUUCUUAGACUAAUCCAAGAAUGAUCUAACUCAAUACAUCAAUCCAACAUAUCUUUUUGAAAGAGAUGAAACUGAUAUCCAUCUUCUCAUCUGACAAUAGGAAAGACAAAGAAAAAAGUAUUUCACAAAAUGUUCCUUUAAAAAAGGCUUAAAAGAAUGGGAGUUUCUCUUGUGUGGAGAUUUGAGCUUGACAUUGACUGUACAUUGAAUUUUAUGCCUUUUUACCCAAUAAACAGUUGAAGUUUCA